AUGACGGCCACGACCACGACGAGAACAGCCAGUAAGUCCGCGGUGGCAGCGUGCGAGGGUCGAUCGCCGUGGCCGGCGCGCAUGCGCCAGUCCCUGGAGAAUGGCUUCGAGCCCCGUGAAAACGGCAUCCAGCCGCAAAGAUGCCCGGCGAAACGUCGUCGCGAUCAGAUCAGCACCGGCGAUGAUCGGAGAGCAUGCCACCAACGAGAUGGCACCGUUUCGUCGUCCACACCUUUGUCCUCGCCGGCGUUGUCCUCCGCCUCUACGGACGCAUCGCCUUCCAGGAGAUCCAGCUCCCCGGCAUCGACCGCCUCCUCGCCGGCACGCUCGACUUCUUCGACUUCCGCGUCCGCGAUCUCCCAAGGGAAACCGCCCUCGGAGGAGCAUGGUUCAAAGAAGAAAGUGACUUCCAGUCGAUACACCGAGCAGGACAGGAUCAGGAAACGCAAGCAGGAGAGACAGUGUUCGGGCAGGUCGCGGGGCAACAGAGAUUCCCCCGAGAAAUCGUGCGGCGUGACCGCGGCGUCUACUGGCGCGCCGUCCUCCACGAUAUCCUCUUCCUCGCCAUUCUCCUCCUCCGUCUCCACGGCGUCGGAAAAGGUGAACGAGCAGCAAGCUGCCGCGAGAAGCUGCCCGCCGUUGUCCCAGGCUUCGGCGAUAGAAACCCUGAGAGCCGCCCUAGAAAGCUACGACCGCAGCAGAAUAUACCUCGCACAUGUGUCCUUCUUGGAUUGGCGGGACCUGCCGGGACCACCACCGAACGCGGCUGCUGGUGACCGGCCGCCACUGGCGGCCGCGUUGCCUUCGGCGGGUAAACAUGCUUAGCCAGCCGGUGAUCUACGCUGGCGGCGGGAGAGGCUCUUGACGGUAGAUCUUUUUCUGUGGUGGUUCCACAAAGAGUUCGCUGUGACGGCGAUGGCGAUGCACCCGGAUGGAGCGGUGUUGGUCGCCGAAAGCGCUGAUUAUUUGCCAGCGGAGACCGACUGCGUUGCCGCGGAUGGAUUGGUCAGGCUAUACGUGGUACCCAAAGACUGCCUGGAGAUGAGGAUCGUUGUCAAGGAAUUGAGAGUCCGAUUGGCCAGCGGUGUACUCUCCAGAGCCGCUUACGGCAUUUAUCAUAAGACCCCUUCGACGGAGAACGAUCCGCUAACCGCGUUCCUCAGGGGGUUCACUAUGAAGGAAGCUUUUGCUGAUCUUCACAGAGCCUGGCUGAGCAUCAGGUCCGAAACGUUCGCUAGAAGUUGGAUCCUAGCGCACGAGGAAAACGUUGCUGGAGGUUCGAACCAUUGGCCCAGCUUGUCCGCCAGAGUACACGUGUCAACUGAUCAGGAGGAGGACAGGAUGCUGUUGAUCGAGUUGCAGAGUUUGGCUAGGGAAGUGGGUCUGGAGGUCAGCGACGACGAGCUGAGCAAGUGGAUCCUCGACGAGGAGAGCGAGCUGGCGCGUUGCGUACGGAAGAAGGAGCUCGACGAGGAUCAUUGCCGCGUGAAGAUCGAGGCAGACGAGAAGUGGGCCGAUUACGGGGAGGAUGACGCGGAGGACGAGGACGCAGAGGGGGAGGACGAACCGACCGCGGAAGAGGCGGUCGGUCUGCUGUCGAGGGUGCUGACUUGGAUGGAAAGGGAGCCUCUCGAUCCAGGACUAUUACUCGCCGUCAGAUCGAUGCGCGAUACCGCUGCACUCAUGGCGAGCAAGAUGGGCCUGGCGGGCACGCAUCCGAGCGGGCUGCCGUUCUUCUGCCCAAACGGGGACCAUCUGACUCAGCCGCCGCCAGCCCAUAUGGGGAUCCCGCCGUACGGCACGUUGGAUGCGGGCAAAGCGGCCGCAGCGGCCGGUCUGACGAGAGCGCCGAUGUAUCCCUUCUCCACGGGUCAAUAUCCGUACCCCAUGCUUAGCCCGGAAAUGACGCAAGUCGCCGCUUCCUGGCACACACCAAGCAUGUACCCCAUCUCCCCGGCAAGCGCUGGUUUCCGAAGUCCGUAUCCCACGAGUUUGCCCAUCACAAGUUCUAGUUUACCAAGUGAUCUCUACCGGUUUUCGCCGACGGGCCUGAUGCCCCCGCAUCCUGGACUGAGUCCGCACGCACACGCGCUGACGUCUCACGCACUAGUGCCCUCGACGCCGAAAACAGACCACUCCUCCUUGGAUCACAAUCACAGUGUAAUUGUAAAAGGAUCAUUCUCGACUUUCACGAGAACACGUGGAAUGAAGCACGCGUGCUACCCACCUGCGAUGGAGCCCGAGUGUUUGGAGCCCCUAAACCUGGUGAUAAAGAAGGACGACGUGGACGAGAUCGAGGGCACCGGGACCGAGGGACCGAUCGGCAAGAUCGACGAGGAGAAAGCCGAGGAGAGGAUCGACGAGAAGAUGACGAUACUCCAGGAGGCGGUGAAGGCUGGCGAGGCCGGCUUACCCGCGGCCGAUCACAAGAUCCUGACCGCGCUCUACAUGAGCAGCCUGAUGCAGAUGUCGAACAUGAACGUGCCGAGGAGCGUGACGCCGCCUCCAUACGGCGCGCAACACAAUUUCGUCCAGAUGCUGGCGAUGGUCGAGGCGCGACGCAUGUGGCAACAGAUGAACUGGCCGGUGCCGCAAAACUUCCACAGGAAUCCGCUCGCGAUCCCGCAGCCGUAUUUCGACGGGCCCGGGUCGAACCUGGCCGAGCAGCUAUGCAACACGCAGAACUCAGCACCAGCCUAUCCUUUGUCCUGCACGAAACCCGAGCAACCCAUGAACCACGACACGAAGCAGCCUUAUUUCAAACGGUCUACGGUAGAACAAAAGAACUCCGCGUCGCUGGUGAAUCCGGACAACGGAAAGUCUGUCGAUUCGUCGCAGCAGAAUAACCAAGAUAAAAAGAAACCCCAUAUAAAAAAGCCUUUGAACGCAUUUAUGCUGUACAUGAAGGAGAUGAGGGCGAAGGUCGUGGCUGAGUGUACCUUAAAAGAGAGCGCAGCGAUCAAUCAAAUAUUGGGAAGACGA